AUGGUUAAUCUCGGACGACCAGCAAUGGGCUGUUUCAGCUUCAAAGACAGCCGUGUCAAGUGCGAUCUCGAAAAACCAUCAUGUGGGCGAUAUACACCGCCCUUGACGGCAUCGGCCAUUCACGCCUCGCCCGUCUCAGUUUCCAGGGAUAUUGACCAGAACGUCCAAAUUUACGCCGUUCAUCGGAUGUACUAUGAUUUGUGCUUCGACGCCAGCGUGGGCGUGUUCGUAGCCCUUCCCUUCAUAGCUGUCAAUACUUCUGUAUCGCCUUUCAUGCAUGCUCUCCAAGCCGCAGCUCUAGCCCACUCGUCUGCAAAUCUUAACCAAUAUGGACUUCUACCCAAAUUGGAAUAUUGCGCCGCAGUUUCUGCAUUGAAGAGAGAUAUCGCCGAGCCGGCUCGAUUACAGAAUGACGCCAUCUUGAUGUCCAUUUUCCUCCUAGGCCUCUUCGAAGCAUGUUCGUGUACCGACCCGAGCUCACUGAAGACCGACUUUGUAAGCCCUUGGACCAAUUGGGCCCAAUUUCGUACAAUCGAGCCGCUUAUACAAGAUUGUGUCGAGCUGACCGGAAAAGUUCGCAUUUUGACAUCUACACUUUGCUCAAACCUCUCUUCAGCAAAUAUGGCUACACUUAUCGACGAAAUCAUUCAGACAAUUGCAAACCUUGGGCAUGCCGCAUCCCUUGUCGCCCAAUGUCCGCGUUCUGCUACCCACCCCGGGUACUUCAAUGGAUUACUAAGUCCAGAUAAUGAGACGAGCGUUGCAAUAGCUAAGAGUCUGUACCUGACGAUGCGCUUGCACAUGACCGAAAUGCUUUUAUCUCUGCUAGAAGAUGUCGGGGCCCCAGUGGAAAAUGUGUUGAAAGCGACCGUAGUGGACGAGCUUUGCGAGAUUAUACGCAAGGUUAUUGAUGGCAACUUGAAGUGUGCGCAAGGGGGACCUGGUAUGGCUGCUAGAUUAUUGCUUAUGUCAUGGCCCAUGCUUGCCGUUCUCCAAUCCCGUCUUCCCAGCUUGGAAACAAGGUCUUGGGUUCAGAGUUUACUCGAUAGGAGAAGAUAA